GGGUUAGUUUUAUGAACGCAGUUGGCUGACUUUCAACAGCUCGCGGAAGACGAGGUGUUACGAGACAAUUUGAUGGGUGUUUAGAGACGGUGAACUUAAAUAAGUAAAAUAAAAAUGAAUUUCAUCCGAUCUCGCUUCUCCAUUGGCAACUUUAUAGGCCGAAAGGACCGACCGGUCACUGAAACAUGGAGCCACAGAGGGAUGUGCAAUAAACCACAGGAGGUGAAAGCCGAGCCUCUGCCAGCAGACCCAGCACAAGAGCCCCGUCCCGCUUUCAGAGUCCCCGGCUACAGACCCUCCAAUCUGGACAAGAAGAUGCUGCUCUGGUCGGGACGCUUCAAGACAGCAGACCAGAUACCAGAGCUUGUGUCGUUUGAGAUGAUUGAUGCUGCUAGAAAUAAAGUGCGCGUGAAAGCCUGCUACGUGAUGAUGGCGGCCACACUGGGCGCCUGUCUGGUGAUGGUGUUCCUGGGCAAACGGGCUGUUGGCAGGAACGAGUCCCUGACGAGUCAAAACAUGGAGAAAAAAGCUAAAUGGAGGGAGGACAUUCAAAGAGAGAAGGACGCUGCUGCUGCUGUUCUGUCAGAGAAGGCUCAGUGAUGGAAGACAACGCGUUCCUGCAAACUCCUCCCCCUCAGUACUCCGAUGGCAUCGUAGAGCAGAAAACGUAUAUCAGAGCUGAUAUGUAAUAGUUAAGGAUACUGUCUUUUUAAAAACACAAACUAUGGCUUAUUCAUCUUGGAUAUGUGGUUUUACCCCUUCAGUGACUACAUUGAGGCCAUAAACUGGCACCAGUUUGUGAGGAAAGGGCCCGGUCAACAUUUUUAGUUGCCUUCAAGGUCGAAAACACGAGCGUGACUGCGUUAAUGUGGUAUUUUGAUGAGUUUAUAAAGAAUCAAAACGAUUGUCAGACAAAUCAAUUGAACAGCUGCAUCAAUUUAGGUUUUCUGUCAACAUUUCUAGUAGACUUCUAUCUAACAUUAGCAAGGCAAAAGCCCCGGGGAGGUUGUCUGUUUACUACGAUGUGUUCUCGUGUCCUGGUACUUAUGUAGGUAGGCUGGUUGAUUUAUGGCUGAUGUGAUCUAUGUUUGUAUACAGUCAACACCAAAAAAAAUAAAGUAUAGCUUCUUGAAAA